AUGUCAUUCCCCACUGCCCCUCCGCCCAAGUCUCGCCUCGGCCGAUACCGCAUGCUUGCCCCCACUGCGGGUGUCAUGGUGAGCCCACUGUGUCUGGGUGCAAUGAACUUUGGUGAAGGAUGGAAGGAGAGACUGGGUGAAUGUGACAAAGAGACAUCCUUCAAGAUCUUGGAUACAUUCUACGAGAAUGGUGGCAAUUUCAUCGAUACUGCAAACAACUACCAGAAUGAGGACUCUGAAGCCUGGCUAGGCGAAUGGAUGGAAAAGCGUGAUCUGAGAGACCAAAUUGUCCUCGCAACAAAGUAUACCUCGGGUUACAGGACCUAUAACAAGUCCGAGAUUCAGGCAAACUUUGUGGGAAACAACACGAAGAGCAUGAGGUUGUCAGUCAAUGCUAGUCUGAAGAAGUUGCGCACUGAUUAUAUCGAUUUGUUGUAUGUUCAUUGGUGGGACUUCGGAACUUCAAUCGAGGAAGUGAUGACUUCCCUCAACCAGCUAGUCAUUGCAGGUAAAGUACUAUACCUCGGUGUCAGUGACACGCCUGCAUGGGUUGUCAGCCGUGCAAACCAAUACGCUCGUGAUCACGGCAUGCGCCCCUUUUCCGUCUACCAAGGCCAAUGGAACGCCGCCCGACGCGACUUCGAGCGCGAAAUCAUCCCCAUGUGCGCCGCCGAAGGCAUGGGCCUCUGCCCCUGGGGCUCCAUCGGCGGCGGCGCAUUUAAAACAGCCGCGCACCGCGAAGAGCUCGCAAAAAGCGGCAACCCAGGCCGACAAAUCGAGCCCCGGGACGUCGACGUGGCUGUGUCCAAGGUGUUGGAAAAUGUCGCGAACAGACAUAACACGGUAAUCACUAGUGUGGCAUUGGCGUACGUUAUGAGCAAAGCACCGCACGUCUUCCCGAUUGUCGGCGGUCGGAAGGUCGAGCAUUUAUUGGGUAAUGUUGAGGCGUUGGGGUUGGAGUUGAGUGAGGAGGAUAUUAAGGAGAUUGAGAGUGCUUAUGAGUUUGAUCCUGGGUUCCCGAAUACGUUCUUGUUCCGGGGGAGGAGAAGGAGGCUCAUCCUGGAAAUGGUUGACUCCAGAAAUGCGAACGACAGCGGUGUACAUGCUAAAAAUGCGCCUGAAAACUCCGAUGAUGCAUAG